AUGGAUAUACUAUGGUACUCCUAUUUAGCACAUUCUUCUGGUUCCUAUUUAGCACUUUCUUCUGGUUCCUAUUUAGCACUUUCUUCUGGUUCCUAUUUAGCACAUUCUUCUGGUUCCUAUUUAGCACAUUCUUCUGGUUCCUAUUUAGCACAUUCUUCUGGUUCCUAUUUAGCACUUUCUUCUGGUUCCUAUUUAGCACUUUCUUCUGGUUCCUAUUUAGCACAUUCUUCUGGUUCCUAUUUAGCACAUUCUUCUGGUACCUAUUUAGCACUUUCUUCUGGUUCCUAUUUAGCACAUUCUUCUGGCUCCUAUUUAGCACAUUCUUCUGGUUCCUAUUUAGCACUUUCUUCUGGCUCCUAUUUAGCACUUUCUUCUGGCUCCUAUUUAGUACAUUCUUAUGGCUCCCAUUUAGCACAUUCUUCUGGCUCCUAUUUAGCACAUUCUUAUGGCUCCCAUUUAGCACAUUCUUCUGGCUCCUAUUUAGCACAUUCUUCUGGUUCCUAUUUAGCACAUUCUUCUGGUUCCUAUUUAGCACUUUCUUCUGGCUCCUAUUUAGCACAUUCUUAUGGCUCCCAUUUAGCACAUUCUUCUGGCUCCUAUUUAGCACAUUCUUAUGGCUCCCAUUUAGCACAUUCUUCUGGCUCCUAUUUAGCACAUUCUUAUGGCUCCCAUUUAGCACAUUCUUCUGGUUCCUAUUUAGCACAUUCUUCUGGUUCCUAUUUAGCACUUUCUUCUGGCUCCUAUUUAGCACAUUCUUAUGGCUCCCAUUUAGCACAUUCUUCUGGCUCCUAUUUAGCACAUUCUUAUGGCUCCCAUUUAGCACAUUCUUCUGGCUCCUAUUUAGCACAUUCUUCUGGCUCCUAUUUAGCACUUUCUUCUCGCUCCUAUUUAGCACAUUCUUCUGGCUCCUAUUCAGCACAUUCUUCUGGCUCCUAUUUAGCACUUUCUUCUGGCUCCUAUUUAGCACAUUCUUCUGGCUCCUAUUUAGCACAUUCUUCUGGCUCCCAUUUAGCACAUUCUUCUGGCUCCUAUUUAGCACAUUCUUCUGGCUCCUAUUUAGCACAUUCUUCUGGUUCCUAUUUAGCACAUUCUUCUGGUUCCUAUUUAGCACUUUCUUCUGGCUCCUAUUUAGCACAUUCUUAUGGCUCCCAUUUAGCACAUUCUUCUGGCUCCUAUUUAGCACAUUCUUAUGGCUCCCAUUUAGCACAUUCUUCUGGCUCCUAUUUAGCACAUUCUUAUGGCUCCCAUUUAGCACAUUCUUCUGGUUCCUAUUUAGCACAUUCUUCUGGUUCCUAUUUAGCACUUUCUUCUGGCUCCUAUUUAGCACAUUCUUAUGGCUCCCAUUUAGCACAUUCUUCUGGCUCCUAUUUAGCACAUUCUUAUGGCUCCCAUUUAGCACAUUCUUCUGGCUCCUAUUCAGCACAUUCUUCUGGCUCCUAUUUAGCACUUUCUUCUGGCUCCUAUUUAGCACAUUCUUCUGGCUCCUAUUUAGCACAUUCUUCUGGCUCCCAUUUAGCACAUUCUUCUGGCUCCUAUUUAGCUCAUUCUUCUGGCUCCUAUUUAGCACUUUCUUCUGGCUCCUAUUUAGCACAUUCUUCUGGCUCCUAUUUAGCACAUUCUUAUGGCUCCCAUUUAGCACAUUCUUAUGGCUCCUAUUUAGCACAUUCUUCUGGCUCCUAUUUAGCACAUUCUUCUGGCUCCUAUUUAGCACAUUCUUAUGGCUCCCAUUUAGCACAUUCUUAUGGCUCCCAUUUAGCACAUUCUUCUGGCUCCUAUUUAGCACAUUCUUCUGGCUCCUAUUUAGCACAUUCUUCUUGCUCCUAUUUAGCACUUUCUUCUGGCUCCUAUUUAGCACAUUCUUCUGGCUCCUAUUUAGCACAUUCUUAUGGCUCCCAUUUAGCACAUUCUUCUGGCUCCUAUUUAGCACAUUCUUCUGGCUCCUAUUUAGCACAUUCUUCUGGCUCCUAUUUAGCACUUUCUUCUGGCUCCUAUUUAGCACAUUCUUCUGGCUCCCAUUUAGCACAUUCUUCUGGCUCCUAUUCAACACAUUCUUCUGGCUCCUAUUUAGCACAUUCUUCUGGCUCCUAUUCAACACAUUCUUCUGGUUCCUGUUUAGCACAUUCUUCUGGCUUCUAUUUAGCACAUUCUUUUGGCUCCUAUUCAACACAUUCUUCUGGUUCCCAUUUAGCACAUUCUUCUGGCUCCUAUUCAACACAUUCUUCUGGCUCCUAUUUAGCACAUUCUUCUGGCUCCUAUUCAACACAUUCUUCUGGCUCCUAUUUAACACAUUCUUCUGGUUCCCAUUUAGCACAUUCUUCUGGCUCCUAUUCAACACAUUCUUCUGGCUCCUAUUUAGCACAUUCUUCUGGCUCCUGUUUAGCACAUUCUUCUGGCUUCUAUUUAGCACAUUCUUUUGGCUCCUAUUUAGCACAUUCUUCUGGUUCCCAUUUAGCACAUCCUUCUGGCUCCUAA